GCAAAAUAGGCACAUGAUUAAGAAAAUUUGUUUUUAUUAUUUAUUUCUCUCCCUCCCUGGUGGUCUCGGUGUGACUCUUCAGCAAUGGCCGCCACUCAGCUUUUCUCCCACUCACCUUCACUUUCCAAAACCCUAACACAAAACCCAUAUCCUAAGUUCCCCAUAUUAUCCCUCAAAUCCACUUUAAACCUUCGAACAACCCUUAAACCCUUCACUCUCAAGGCAGUCCUGUCUGAGAACCCCACAAAACCCCUCACUCAAACCGACCCAUUUGAACACUGUUUCACUAAGAAAUCUGAUGGCUUUCUCUACUGUGAAGAUGUUAAAGUUCAAGAUGUUAUGGAAACCGUCGAAAAAAGACCUUUUUAUUUGUACAGUAAACCACAAAUCACUAGAAAUGUUGAGGCUUACAAAGAAGCCCUUUCUGGGUUGAACUCUAUUAUCGGUUAUGCCAUAAAGGCUAACAAUAAUUAUAAGAUUUUGGAGCAUUUGAGAAGGUUGGGCUGUGGAGCUGUUCUUGUGAGUGGGAACGAACUGAGGCUUGCUCUUCGAGCUGGUUUUGAUCCCACCAAGUGUAUCUUUAAUGGGAAUGGGAAACUCUUGGAAGAUUUGGUGUUGGCUGCACAAGAGGGUGUUUUUGUGAACGUUGAUAGUGAGUUUGACUUGGAGAAUAUUGUAACAGCUUCAAGAAUUGCUGGCAAGAAGGUUAAUGUGUUGCUCCGGAUCAAUCCUGAUGUGGAUCCUCAGGUUCAUCCUUAUGUUGCUACUGGAAACAAGAACUCUAAAUUUGGUAUUAGGAAUGAGAAGUUGCAGUGGUUUUUGGAUGCUGUGAAGGCAAAUUCUAAUGAGUUGAAGCUUGUGGGGGCUCAUUGCCAUCUUGGUUCAACUAUUACUAAGGUGGAUAUAUUCAGGGAUGCUGCAGUUCUUAUGGUUAAUUAUAUUGAUGAAAUACGAGCCCAAGGGUUUGAAGUUGAUUACUUGAACAUUGGAGGUGGCUUAGGAAUAGACUAUUAUCACACUGGUGCAGUCCUUCCCAAACCCAGAGAUCUCAUUAAUACUGUAAGGGAGCUGGUGGCAUCAAGAAAUCUCAAUCUGAUUAUUGAACCAGGGAGGUCACUUAUUGCUAAUACUUGCUGCUUGGUUAAUCGAGUCACUGGGGUCAAAACUAAUGGAACAAAAAAUUUUAUUGUGAUUGAUGGCAGCAUGGCUGAACUUAUCCGUCCUAGUCUUUAUGAUGCUUAUCAACACAUUGAGUUGGUUUCCCCUGCACCACAAGAUGCUGAAACUUGCAAGUUUGAUGUGGUGGGUCCUGUCUGUGAAUCUGCAGAUUUCUUGGGGAAGGAGAGGGAACUUCCUACCCCGGCUCAGGGAACUGGUCUGGUUGUUCACGAUGCAGGUGCCUACUGCAUGAGCAUGGCAUCAACUUACAAUCUCAAGAUGCGUCCUCCAGAGUACUGGGUUGAAGAAGAUGGAUCAGUAUCCAAAAUUCGGCAUGGCGAAACUUUUGAAGACCACAUGCAAUUCUUUGAAGGUCUUUGAUUUAGAUAUUAGGAAUGAAUGAACAUGAGAAUGUCAUUUUAACUGAAUUUAAUUAGUCGCCAAGUUUUUUUAUAUUAGCUUUGUAUUCACUAGAACAAAAAAAACUCUGCUCAAUAAAUUAAAUUUCAACCUGGAUUUCACUCAGUUGGCCAGUUUUUGUUCA